UGCGCGGCUUUAUCUCAGGUGGGAGGGGCUUGCGCUUUAGUUGACACGUCAUUACGCGUCUGCAAGGAGCGUCAUGUUUCCAUGAUGGCUGCAGAUCCAGGUUGGAUUCAGUUGAAUUUUAUUCUAGUUUUCUCUUCGCUGUGUGGGGUGUAGCCAUGAGCACGACUGGCUUCCAUUUGGUUAGAAUCCACUUCAUCUCCGACCCGCCUUUGCCCCCAGCAUGCCUAAGAAAGGGAACAGAAAACGGCUGAGGUUCAAGGGAGACGACGUGAGCUCUCAUAGAGUUACUGUGGCAGACUGUGCAAAUUCUGAUCCAGCUGUUGUGAAGUCUGGAAGAAUCAGAAAGUCUGUAGCUAAUGCAAUUCAGAAAGAAGAAAAUAAUGCAGUCGCAGAAACUGGGGCCAACUAUCCGAUUGAUAUCUGGCUUUUGCUAGCCUCUUACAUUCGGCCUGAAGAUGUUAUGAAUUUUGCCCUAAUUUGCAAGAAUGCUUGGAUCGUUACAUGCACAGCUGCUUUUUGGAUAAGAUUGUAUAAAAGAUAUUAUAAAAUGAAUGUCUACCUUCCAGUACGUUUACUUCCAGAGUGUAUGUACAAGCUGCAUUGUCUGCGCGCAUGUGUAAUCCGUUCCUUGUACCACAUGUAUGAGCCAUUUUGUUCUCUGGUGGCUAAAAGUCCUCCAAUUCCUGAACUUACCCCCGAUACCUUGGCUAAUUCGAAAUGUUUACUUUUUUGGUACAAAAAAGCUGGAGGAAAUCGAUCUGAAAAUAUGUGGGAAUUCAAUUUUAAAUUUAAGAAACAGCACCCAAAGCUGAAGAACCACUCUCUUAAAGAGCUGCAGCCACCUUCAAAAUACAAGGAAGUCCACUUUAAUCCAGAUAAUGACUGCUAUCUUCUUCAGGUGUCCACUCUAAACUUUAUUUUCAUACCUAUAGUCAUGGGUAUGACGCUUGCUUAUUUCACAAUAAAUGUCAGUACUGAUAUGAGGCACCACAGGGUGAGAUUAGUCUUUCAAGAUUCUCCAGUGUGGAAUGGAAAAAAGCCUCGUGGUGAUCAAGGAGUGCAAAUUGUUCUGGAUCCUGUGCACACUGUCCAUCUCCUGGAUUGGUGGCAUCCAAAAUAUCCCUUCUCAUCCAGGGCUUAGAAUCUAAUCAGAGAAGUCAUUGCUGUGUGCAGUUUCAACCAAAGAAAAUCCAUUAUAUCCGUACAGAGCCAAACAACUGUGACACUUUCAGUGCCAAAGAGCAAACAGCCACUGCUUUUCAUCUCCACAUGACUUCAGGUGCACCUCCUUUGGUGUGAUCAGUGUUCAAAAUGUUUAUACAUAGGAAAUAAACAAAAUGCACCUAUUAACGUAUUAUGCCCUAGAGAUUUGAUUUUUGAAGAGUUACUGAUUCUAGUGACAUUUAGUAACAUUGUAUAAACAUUUUUUUUCAGAGAGUCCUUCAAAAUGAAGGUAAAGUGUUUUAAUAAAAAUGCUAAAACAUUUGUGUGCA